UUGUCCCAGCACACUCUGACAACAAAUGCCCUAGCUAUUACUCUACUGAACUGAAAGGCAGAGAUGUGUGGUGUACAUUACCUGGGAAGGAUAAGUAGGUACAAGGCCAUCUACCUGUAGGUGUGGCUAUAGUCCUGGGACACUUUGCCAACACCCUGCAGUUUGUGAAGACCAGUCAGUGAUCGGACAGUCAUAAAAGUGUCUUGUGCUACCCGGUUGUUUUGACCAUUGAAAAUUGAAGUUUUUCACAGUUGACAUCACAUGAUUGGGACAUAGAUAACUGGUGUAUACAGAGAAAUAUCAACACAGAAGCCAGGACCAUUGGGCUGAUAUCAUUUUGACUGGAACAGUGAGUGCGACAGGUGUUGUCUGUGGUGUGUACAACACAACCCAGACAGUAACUGUGUGUAUGUCAUACACACCUGUGCACAUGCAGUGGAUAGUGUUGAAGCUCUGGUGCUCCUGAAUAUCAACAAUCAUUAGACUUUUCUGUUUUCUGUUAGAGACCUGUUAUUACAAGAUAGCCCUAUGUCAAACACAAUGUAUACCACACAUCCUUCUAGCAGUAUGUAUCGCUACCAUCCCCCAGUGGUACCUCCUCAUGGUGAAGAAAGAUACCCUGAGGAAGUUAGAGGUGCAUAUAACCCUGGUUACAGUUACAGUAAUGCUGCGUUCCAGAGAGAUGAACUAGAUAUCCAGCCUCACUACCAGCACCAAAGAGGUGGGAGUCUUGGACCUUUUGAAAGCACUCGCGCUGAUAUGUAUGUUGGUAUGUACACCGGUGGUGGAGUUAACGCGUAUCAGGACGAUGUGUAUGACAAUGCAGGUGAACAAAUCAACAGUCGUGCUGACCAGUACAGGAAUGAUGUUGAUGUUCGGAAACAGCAGCAAGAUCCGACAGCAGACUAUGGUGAUGGGGAGUCUGUGGUGACCUUAGACCCGACAGAAGAGAACCAUGUGCCGAAAGAUGGCUACGUUAAUUCUGACCUACGUUACAGGUUUAGGAAGAGGUCUGCGGGUGAAUUGUGGGAGUCGGUGAAGGAAUCGCGCCAGAUAUUGGCAAAGCAGGGGCUGCCCAGCCGAGGCACGAUUGGACGAAGACAGAACUUGAGCCAGCGGAUAAAGGAGAGUCGUGAGGCAGAUAAUAAUCAGCCUCUAACUCCAACAGAUUACACAGAUAUGAUCAGAAGAGAUCGGGUGAUGUCCCAUCAGAAUAAGUCUGGCACAGGAUUGUACACCCUCAAGAGAAAGUCAUUCUAUAAACUGCGUUUACAAGCCAAAGAGGUAGCAGGACGAUUAGAAUUCUGGGCAAAAUCAUUGAAAGUCAUUGAAGGUCAUUUUGGAUCAGCCAUCCUGUCAUAUUUCACCUUUGUGAGAUGGCUGAUGUUUCUGAACCUGUUUAUUGGCAUGCUGCUUUUCCUGGUUAUCACACUGCCUUACCUGGUACUGCAGCCCAACCAGACCUUCCAAGAGUAUGCAGAUGCCAUUGCUGUCACAGAUGAUGUGUUUUUGAACCAGUCAGUAAAAUGUUCAGAGAAGUACUUGAACUACUUGAAUGAUACGGUCUCCAAGCAUAAUGCUACUGACUAUGUACUGGACUUUCUUCAAGGCACGGGUUUUAUGGAAAAUACAGUCCUGUUCUAUGGAAAUUAUUUUAACAAGACGUUGGCUGGUUUUGACCCCGCACACUUGGUGCAAGACCCAUGGUCCAUGGUGUAUAACAUGUCUCUGGCUUACCUCCUGGCUACAGGAGUCUACUUUAUCGUCAGCUUCAUCCUUAUUAUCAGACACUCAGCGGCUGGUCUGAAGGAAGGUGUGCUGAGUCAGGAGACCUCGUCCACCAAAUACUGUAACAAGGUACUGACGGGCUGGGACUUCUGUAUUACGGAUGGCUCCAAGGCCAUGUUGAAACAUCGCAACCUGAGGAAAGAGCUGGAGGCAGACCUGUUUGAGCAGCAAAUGGAGAGAGAAAGAGCUGCCCGUAGGAAACGAGACUGGAUCAAGCUCUAUGUGAUCCGCAUCUUUAUCAACAUCUGUGUGGUGUCUGUGUUAGGAGCAGCUUUAGCCCUGAUUUACCUGACCAAUGAUUGGUCCCUCAUGCUUCAGAAGAAUGAUGCAAUCACAGAGCAGAUACUGAAACUUCUGGUUCAGUUCUUACCAUCCAUCACCAUCACCAUCCUGAACAUCAUUGUACCGGUCUUCUUUGGCAUCCUUGUCAGGCCCGAAGGCUACUCCCCAGGCUUUGAGAUAAAGAUCACCCUGGCUAGGACAGUGCUGUUACGUCUGGCCUCGGUUCUGAUUUUGAUGAUCUCGCUGUACGAUCAGGUUGUGGCCACAACUAGCCUCAGGGACAAGGUCAGACAGGGAACAACCGCAGCUUUAGAGGCAAUAGGAGGAGACAACUCAAGUCAGGCUGAACCUCAGGUUGAUUUAAAUAUUACUUCUUCAUCCAGUGAGUGUGGGAACAAAAACUUCAACCAGGUCAGGUGUUGGGAGACAUACGUGGGACAACAGCUAUACAAACUGGUUCUCCUGGAUCUCAUUGUCGUGCUGCUGGUUACAUUUUUUGUGGAGUUCCCGAGAAAGCUAUUGCAUCGCAAGUUCCAUUCUAAAUUUCGCCUGAUCAGCUGGCUGGGAAAGCAGCAGUUUGACAUACCUCAAAAUGUGCUGGAUAUUGUUUACUGUCAGACUCUCUGCUGGCUUGGCGCUUUCUUCAGUCCCCUUAUCCCAUUCAUUUCCAUGCUCAAGUGCUUUAUUUUCUUCUAUGUAAAGAAGUUGACCUUGCUUCAGAACUGUGACCCCCCGGAGAAACCAUUCCACACUUCACGCUCCAACUCCUUCUUUAUGACAGUUCUCCUCAUCUCAUUUAUCAUGGCCUCUAUUCCUAUAGGGUACAUUGUGGGCAGAAUCCCUCCGUCUCAGAGUUGUGGCCCUUUCCGGGUGUACAGUGAGCCAGAGUAUUACAUGUUCCAUUCACUCACCAACCUCAUCCAGACCUUCUCAGACACAACCAGAGAUUUCUUCUAUUUCUUUGGCUCUGUGGCUUUCUAUGUCCCAGCCAUCAUCUUACUUUGCCUCUUGAUGUACUACUUCUGGGCUGUGGGCCAGGGUUACAAGAAGAUGGGAGAACUGCUCAAGACUCAGUUAGCGAUGGAAGGAAAGGAUAAGCAGUACCUGUUGAUGCGUGUAACAGAAGCUUUCAAGAGAGGCUAACAGCAUGUCUGCAUCUUUAGAUGUGCUAUUUAUAUAUAUAUAUUUAUAGGCAGACUGCCUCAGACAGACUUGUUUGUUUGUUCACAUCAGUGGUUCACCAAAGCUUUUUAAUGAUAUACCAAAGGAAUUGUAUAGAUAUGAAAUGAGCUAUGUUUUAUAAGUAUCAACUGUAUCAUUCCCAUUUUUUAGGUGUUAAGACAGGCAUGCAGAAGUUUUGUAUGUGUUUGUUAUUUGAACUGUACAUUUAUGUAUUUGUUUGUCUGUCUGGUGUGACUUCAUGUUUUAUACGUUGUAUUAGAUGCUGACGCCAAACUUAAGGUGGGACUCAUAUUUGUAUUUUUGUACAGUGUUGUGGAUAUACUUGUAUUUAGUAGUGUAGUCUUAAUGUGCAAUAUACUUACAGCAUUGUGCGCAUGAACUGGAGACUAUGUACAAGUACAUGCGCAUACAUGUAUAUUGACAGAAAUGUGUCAUGGCUUUAAUGGCAUUUUCCCUCAGAAUAUAAACCAGGCUAGUACUUAGAGAAAAAGACAACAAAUAAUAGAGCCUUACUUACUUUGGAUUUUAGAAACAGAUUGCCAGCAAGUUAUUAAAAUUGAUUACAUAAUAUGGUGGUGCUUUAAAUUUCUCUCAUUUUCACUUGUUUUAAAUUGAGAUAUCCUGGUUAUUGAAUACCACUAAAGUAAACAGGAAUGUGUUUUAAAUUUUGGGAGAAAUGCUUUACCAAUGCGUCUUCGUGUACAUAUAUUUGGUCUAUCAUUGUCUCUUUUUCAAAGUGCUGGGAUAGGCUGACUGAUAAGGCUUAUAUAAGCCAGACUCAGCAGCUACAUGCAGAUUCUCUGAUAUUCCAGUUGGAAAGUUUUGUUGAUAAAUAUAGGUGCACUGGUUGAAUGCUUGUGGUUUGCACUUUGGCAGUCUUGUAGCCAUCUCUUCAUGAACCUGCAUGUGUAAACAAAGCUUCCAGUGGUUUAUCUCGCAUAACUAAUGUGCAUGUAAAUACAUGGUCACGCAGUGGUUAUGAGGUUUGUCAUCUAUAUCACAUACAUGUAUGUGGAUGGUCAUGCAGUGGUUAUGAGGUUUGUCAUCUAGAUUAUAUACAUGUAUGUGGAUGGUCAUGCAGUGGUUAUGAGUUUUGUCAUCUAGAUUAUAUACAUGUGUGUGGAUGGUCAUGCAGUGGUUAUGAGUUUUGUCAUCUAGAUUAUAUACAUGUGUGUGGAUGGUCAUGCAGUGGUUAUGAGUUUUGUCAUCGAGAUUAUAUACAUGUAUGUGGAUGGUCAUGCAGUGGUUAUGGGUUUUGUCAUCGAGAUGAUAUACAUGUAUGUAGUUAUCAUGACCAUGAGGACAAAAUGUCUCACAAAAUGUGCACUCUGUGGUUUUGUAUACACAAGUACUAUGUUGACAAAAUUUUACAAGUACAUGCCAUUGUGCACAUUUGUGCUGGAGUCUCUCUGAAACUUUCCCCACUGUUUGAACCUGUGUUCAUAUACAUGCUCCGCAGAAUUGUCUCUAUUAAAAUCAAAUUUCACUAGGUUUUUCACUGUGCAUGUUUUAUGCGGAAGACAUUGUGAUUAUUAAAGUUAUACUGUAUGUUGAUUGUGUACAUGGGUGUGCCUAUAUACAUGGAUGUCAGAGUGCAUAUAAUGCCUCUGGUUAUACAUAUAUUUUUGGAUUGUAUUGAUGAAAUGUUAACCACAUAUGCAAUUUAGUGUAUAUCUGGUUCAUGUAAAUAA